CGGAAUCACAGAACAGUGAGUGGCUGAUGAUGAAUAACGCCAUAACGGGGCACACGCCUCUUCUGGGGAAGAAAGCGACACCUGCAUGCGAAAAGUGCCGUGUCCUCAAGGUGAAAUGUGUCCAAUCCGGAGAGGGACAGCCUUGUUCUAAAUGUGCCAGAUCAAACUCUCAGUGUGUUUUUCCAGCGCCGAGACAGCGAGCUCGAGUUCUACAACGAGCGAAACCGCGACUGGUCGAUCUUGAGACCAAACUCACCAAUAUAAUUGGUCUUCUUUCGCGCUCGAGUGGUCCCCUUACUGAGGUCCGAACACCGCUUGAUGACGAUUCUGGACCGCCUGCAAUGACCAAUUAUCCCGGUGACAGGCCCCACCAAGCAGUCGAGUGGAUGAGCGAAGAUGUCCUUCCUAGUCCUGCAAUGGUCACAGGCCCGGAGCCAGGCGAACACCAGAAUACUAUGGGAACACCGUGGGACGCCUCUACUGCUAUAGAUCCCGUGUGGGUGACCAGUUUAGGACUCAGUCCUGUCGUCCUUGAGCAUCUGCUGGACAUAUUCCGCGGCAUGGCAUCCUACUUCCCGUUUGUGCGACUCCCAAGCGCCUGUACUGCUGCAUCAAUGGCUAAAAGUCGCCCAUUCCUAUUGCUUGCAGCUCUCGGCGCUGCUUCAUCAAGCUACUGCCAUCUUCAAGACGCUCUGAUCCGACAAUUUAGAGAUUCCCUCAGCCAGCGGACUGUCAUAGCUGGCGAGAAGGACUUAGAUCUGCUCCAGGGAUUACUUGUCCACCUUGCGUGGUUCCAUUUCUCUUUUGUCCCAGGGAGUCAACAAGAAUACCAGUACCUACACAUUGCGAUCAGCAUGGCCAUUGAUCUGCGACUUGACCAAGAGACGGCCGAAAUAGUCGAGCAGCGAAAUGAACUGAGUGAUCCCUAUGCUCGGGAUGCAUGCCGAGCUUAUUUGGGCUGUUAUUACAUGUCUAGCAUCAUUGCAUUGGCCUCGGGAAAGCCCAAUAACCUCCGAUUCCACAAGGACAUGCUUCAAUGCGCGAUGCUGCUGCAGCGGGAACCAGAAUUUGAGACCGACCACUUGAUCUAUCCGAUAACGCAGGUCCUACAAUUUACUGAAGAUGUCUGCGAGACUCACCGAUCAGAAGGUAUUCAUAGCCCUCGCUUGUACAUCCAUGCUGAACGAUUUACAACAUGGUUAGACGAAUGGUGGUCUUCUCUAUCAACAGAUCUUUGCAACAACGUGUUGCUGAUUGAUCGCUAUUAUGCCGUCAAAAUCCGUAUUAAAGAAAUGGGAUUGGUGUAUUGCUACGGGCAGAGAAGACCUCCAUCUCGAGAAGGAGAAAAAGCGUCUACCAUCUUGUCUGCACAUCCACGGGUCAUCAGCAACCUGAUCGAAUGUGUCAGUUCUGCACAAGGCUAUCUCGACAUAUUUUGCGCCCUUCCGGUUGCGGAGCAAGGCAGCUUCCCAUUUUCUACAUGGUACCAGGUUGUUCUGGUCGUCUUUGUGCUGUACAGGUUGUCCGUGGGACUGCCGGAAGUGCCCCAGUGGAACGUUGACCUCGCACGACAGACUGUGGAUCUACAAGAAUACAUUGGUCAACUGCUGUCCCAGUUCCAGGCUAUCAAGCCUUUGACGGACAGGCAAAUACCCACCAAGAGCCUCUUUGCGCGGCUGCCGGAGAUCAUGGAAAGUGUGAGAACAUCCUAUACAUUGGCAACCGAGAAGGGCGCACAGGGGGGUAAUAGCCGCCAUGCACACCACGAGCUUGCGCCUUGGAAUCGCAGCGCCUCCUCUACUCUAGGGCUGCACCGCUGCCCGGCAGUGCGGUAUUCUAUGCGUCACGUCGCCGCAGCUCACGAUGUACCCAGCCCACCGAGCGCGGUUGCUACAGAAGUCCAGAGGAUUGAAGAUGAGGAGUUAUGGGGCGAUCUAUUCCGGAUGGAUACAUUCUCUAGUAUGACAGGUGCUCCUCCGAACUUUGACAAGUGAUCCGUGCCCCUGACCUCCAACCUGCGC